AUGACUCUCGACCGACUCGGUACCCUUUUCUGUUUCUUCUCCCUUUCCAAUUACGUGGACGGCACGUCGGAUUGGCUCGCUCUGCGCCGGGAACACUUCCCAGCAGACGGGUCAGUCGACCCGGUUAGCAGCUCGGAACCCGUCGUUGCCGCUUCAGACCCAAGCCAGGCCGCCUGGGUGUCGUUUGCGCACAGCCCGACUUGCUACUCUCGCUUCGUUCAACAGAAGGUCGGAUGA